GGAAGGUCAGGUAGUCAACACAUGACCAGUCGUGGGAUAUGACGGCCACUAAAACGUGAAACUCCGGACAGUCGCCAUGUCUGUAAAAAUCAUCCUCGUUAUCUCCGCCAUCCUCUUGUGUCACCACAGUAAGCCCGCCCUGGCAGGAUACCGUCGCGUGUGUUACCAUACCAACUGGUCCCAAUACCGACCAGGUCUGGGAAAGUUUAUGCCAGCAGACAUCGAUCCCAGCCUCUGUACACAUCUUAUCUACUCUUUCGCCCAGAUCACCAACAACCAGCUGGCUACCUACGAGUGGAAUGAUGAGCAGUUAUACCAGGAAUUUAACGCCCUCAAACAACAGAACCCGAGUCUGAAAACUCUGCUGGCUGUGGGAGGAUGGAACCAGGCCAGUACACACUUCUCACCAAUGGUGACGAAUCCAGCGUCCAGGGCGAAAUUCGUCUCUACCUCUGUUACCUUUCUCCGGAAAUACGGCUUCGACGGCCUUGACCUAGACUGGGAGUAUCCGGGCAGCAGAGGAGGAAAGACCUCUGACAAGGCUAACUUCGCCCUUCUAUGUAAGGAGCUACGUCAAGCAUACGAAAAGGAGACCCUACAGACGAGCAAGCCGCGCCUCCUGGUGACGGCUUCUGUUGCUGCUGGGAAGGACAACAUUGACCCAGCCUAUGACGCAACUGCAAUGGCGAUUUACCUAGACUUUAUCAGCAUCAUGACCUAUGACCUCCAUGGAAGCUGGGAAAAUGCAACGGGUCACAACAGCCCAUUAUUCCCUCGGAAUACCGAGACUGGAAAACAACGACAACUCAAUAUGAAAUGGGUAGCAGACUAUUGGGUAGGACUUGGAGCUCCCAAACACAAACUCAACAUCGGCCUGGCAUCAUACGGACGAGGCUUCACUCUGAAGAACGAAUCGGAUCACGGUAUAGGGGCACCGGUCAGCGGUCCUAACCCAGCUGGCGCCUACACACGGGAGGCGGGCUACCUGGCUUACUACGAGAUCUGUAAAAUGAUGCUUACUGGGGGAACUAAAUACAGCGACAGUCAACAACUCGUUCCAUACUAUGUGAACGGCAAGACGUGGGUUGGUUAUGAUGACGAACAGAGCCUCUCCAUAAAGGUGGCGUGGCUGGUACAGGAAGGUUAUGGCGGCGCCAUGGUAUGGGCACUUCCUCUGGAUGACUUCAACCGGGUCUGUGCCACGUCUAGCCGGAAGUUCCCACUGACAAACAAAAUUAAAGACGAACUUAUUGCUGCUGAGGGCGGUAUCAUUCCAACAACUGUUGCCCCGGUAACUACCACGAGCCCUGCUCCAACACCAGCGAAUCUUAACAUAUGCAGGGGUAAAGUUGACGGGUAUUACCAGGACCCCAUACAAUGUAGACGUUAUUUCCGGUGUGUUGGUGGACGUGAAUACAUCGCCAGUUGUGACCGUCCUGACGCCACCAAGGCACCUCCAACUACAGCAGCGCCUGCAAGCACAGGUGCUCCAGUGACCACAGUUGGUCCGGUCAAUACCAAUGCCCCGGUGACUACAGCGGCACCGGUGACUACGGUGCCACCUAUGGAUUUCUCCUGUGCUGGACGCCAAAAUGGAGACUAUCCAAACCCUGCUGACUGUUCAAGCUUUAUUAAAUGUGCCAAUGGCGUCUCCUACAACUUCCGGUGCCCCUCUGGAACACUUUACGGUAAAGACACCAAAGUCUGUGUGUGGGCCGACAUGGCUAAAUGUUAACUAUGGCAGGGGAAGACGUUCAGUCGUAACGGUGAUCUACAAUCAAUAUGAAAACGGUCAUUCAACAAUCAUCCUAAUCCUACUUAAUUGAGAUAAUUACGUAAGAGAUAUGAAACUCCAGCGUUAAGGAAGGUUAUAAUCUAGUAUAUAUAAAGAGGAUACUAGAUGUGUCUGUAUUUCGUGUGUUUGUGUGUUUUCACGUGAAAUAUAUAUUGAUUUCUAUAUAUUAUAUAACGCCAAUGAUUCAGGAAUUAGUCUCUACUAACAAUAUGAAUUUUUCAUCAGUAAUCAGUGUUCCUUAAUUAAGUCAUUAACACCCAGGAGGGUACACAAAUCCAAGGUCCCUCACUGGGUCCCUAUAGACCAUGGAAGGUACACAAAUCCAAGGUCCCUCACUGGGUCCCUAUAGACCACGGAAGGUACACAUAUCCAAAGUCCCUCACUGGGUCCCUAUAGACCACGGAGGUUACACAAAUCCAAAGUCCCUCACUUGGUCCCUAUAGACCACGGAGGCUACACAAAUCCAAGGUCCCUCACUGGGUUCCUAUAGACCACGGAGGCUACACAAAUCCAAGGUCCCUCACUGGGUCCCUAUAGACCACGGAGGCUACACAAAUCCAAGGUCCCUCACUGGGUCCCUAUAGACCACGGAGGCUACACAAAUCCAAGGUCCCUCACUGGGUCCCUAUAGACCAAGGAGGCUACACAAAUCCAAGGUCCCUCACUGGUCCCUAUAGACCAAGGAGGCUACACAAAUCCAAGGUCCCUAACUGGGUCCCUAUAGACCACGGAAGGUACAUAUGUGCAAUAACCCAAUGCCAAUCGUUUAAAUUACUCCAUACUCUUCAGUGACAGCACAUACAUCUAUGUAUCAUCGUGUGAUCAAUAUUUACAUUCCAGAUAGUAUACAGAGAUCUCGAAGUUACGUGUACAGAGAUCUCGAUGUUACAUAUACUUGUACAGAGAUCUCGAUGUUACGUAUACAGAGAUCUCGAUGUACAUGUAACGUAUACAGAGAUAUCGACGUAACGUGUACAGAGAUCUCAAUGGUACGUGUACAGCUAUCUCGAUGUUACGUGUUCAGAGAUCUCGAUGUUACGUUUACAGAGAUCUCGAUGUUACGUGUACAGAGAUAUCGAUGUUACGUGUACAGAGAUCUCGAUGUUACCUGUACAGAGAUCUCGAUGUUACGUGUACAGAGAUCUCGAUGUUACGUGUAGAGAUCUCGAUGUUACGUGUACAGAGAUCUCGAUGUUACGUGUACAGAGAUCUCGAUGUUACCUGUACAGAGAUCUCGAUGUUACGUGUACAGAGAUCUCGAUGUUACGUGUAGAGAUCUCGAUGUAACGUGUACAGAGAUCUCGAUGUUACGUGUACAGAGAUCUCGAUGUUACGUGUACAUAUAUCUCGAUGUUACGUGUACAGAUGUUUCGAUGUUACGUGUACAGAUAUCUCGAUGUUACGUGUACAGAUAUUUCGAUGUUACGUGUACAGAUAUCUCGAUGUUACGUGUACAGAGAUCUCGAUGUUACGUGUACAGAUAUCUCGAUGUUACGUGUACAGAGAUCUCGAUGUUACGUGUACAAAUAUCUCGAUGUUACGUGUACAGAUAUCUCGAUGUUACGUGCAUAAAGAUCUCGAUAUUACGUGUACAAAGAUCUCGAUGUUACGUGUACAGAGAUCUCGAUGUUACGUGUAUAAAGAUCUUGAUGUUACGUGUAUAAAGAUCUCGAUGUUGCGUGUAUCAAGAUCUCGAUGUUACGUGUAUAAAGAUCUCGAUGUUACGUGAACAGAGAUCUCGAUGUAACGUGUACAGAGAUCUCGAUGUUACGUGUACAGAGAUCUCGAUGUUACGUGUAUAAAGAUCUCGAUGUUACGUGUACAGAUAUCUCGAUGUUACGUGUACAGAGAUCUCGAUGUUACGUGUAUAAAGAUCUCGAUGUUACGUGUACAGAUAUCUCGAUGUUACGUGUAUAGAGAUCUCGAUGUUACGUGUUCAGAUAUCUCGAUGUUACGUGUACAGAGAUCUCGAUGUAAUGUGUAUAGAUAUCUCAAUGUUACGUGUACAGAGAUCUCGAUGUUACGUGUACAGAGAUCUUGAUGUUACGUGUACAAAGAUCUCGAUGUUACGUGUAGAGAUCUCGAAGUUACGUGUACAGAGAUCUCGAUGUUACGUGUACAGAUAUCUCGAUGUUACGUGUACAGAUAUCUCGAUGUUACGUGUACAGAGAUCUCGAUGUUACGUGUACAGAUAUCUCGAUGUUACGUGUACAGAUAUUUCGAUGUUACGUGUACAGAGAUCUCGAUGAUACGUGUACAGAGGUCUCGAUGUUACGUGUACAGAGAUCUCGAUGUUACGUGUACAGAGAUCUCGAUGUUACGUGUAUAGAGAUCUCGAUGUUACGUGUACAGAGGUCUCGAUGUUACGUGUAUAGAUAUCUCAAUGUUACGUGUACAGAGAUCUCGAAGUUACGUGUACAGAUAUCUCGAUGUUACGUGUACAGAGAUCUCGAUGUUACGUGUACAGAUAUCUCGAUGUUACGUGUACAGAGAUCUCGAUGUUACGUAUACAGAUAUCUCGAUGUUACGUGUACAGAUAUUUCGAUGUUACGUGUACAGAGAUCUCGAUGAUACGUGUACAGAGGUCUCGAUGUUACGUGUACAGAGAUCUCGAUGUUACGUGUACAGAGAUCUCGAUGUUACGUGUAUAGAGAUCUCGAUGUUACGUGUACAGAUAUUUCGAUGUUACGUGUACAGAGAUCUCGAUGUUACGUGCACAGAUAUCUCGAUGUUACGUGUACAGAUAUCUCGAUGUUACGUGAACAGAUAUAUCGAUGUUACGUGUACAGAGAUAUCGAUGUUACGUGCACAGAUAUCUCGAUGUUACGUGUACAGAUAUCUCGAUGUUACGUGUACAGAGAUCUCGAUGUUACGUGUACAGAUAUCUCGAUGUUACAUGUACAGAUAUCUCGAUGUUACGUGUACAGAGAUCUCGAUGUUACGUGUACAGAUAUCUCGAUGUUACUUGUAUAAAGAUCUCGAUGUUACGUAUGCAGAGGUCUCGAUGUUACGUGUAAUCGGUUGUCUACAAUCCUCCUUAUGUACAUUGUAAUUAAUUCAUGGUUUGUCUUAACGUAGGAGAGGGCGAUAUUAAGCCCUAAUAGUCUCAAUGAUAUACAUCACAGUGUAUGUUUUUGAUAGUGUUAUCAAUGCGCAUACUGAUGAAACUGAGCAGUUUUAAAUACAUGUAUUUUUAGUUGUUUUCUUUGAGCGAGAAAAAAAACUAAUCCAUUGAUUAUUUACCUCCAAUCCAGAGAGUCUUAUAAAUCACAGUACUAGUUGCACACAUCAGCAAUGAAUCCUAUUAUUAGUCUACAGCCGGGGUAGUGGGUGGCGUUAAGUCUACAAGCCGGGGUAGUGGGUGUCGUGUUAAGUCUACAGCCGGGGUAGUGGGUGUCGUUAAGUCUACAGUCGGGGUAGUGGGUGUCGUGAUAAGUCUACAAGCCGGGGUAGUGGGUGUCGUUAAGUCUACAGCCGGGGUAGUGGGUGUCGUUAAGUCUACAGUCGGGGUAGUGGGUGUCGUGUUAAGUCUACAGUCGGGGUAGUGGGGUGUCGUGUUGAGUCUACAGCCGGGGUAGUGGGUGUCGUUAAGUCUACAGCCGGGGUAGUGGGUGUCGUUAAGUCUACAGUCGGGGUAGUGGGUGUCGUGUUAAGUCUACAGUCGGGGUAGUGGGUGUCGUUAAGUCUACAGCCGGGGUAGUGGGUGUCGUUAAGUCUACAGUCGGGGUAGUGGGUGUCGUUAAGUCUACAGCCGGGGUAGUGGGUGUCGUGUUAAGUCUACAGCCGGGGUAGCGAGUGUCGUGUUAAGUCUACAGUCGGGGUAUUGGGUGUCGUGUUGAGUCUACAGCCGGGGUAGUGGGUGUCGUGUUAAGUCUACAGCCGGGGUAGUGGGUGUCGUUAAGUCUACAGUCGGGGUAGUGGGUGUCGUUAAGUCUACAGCCGGGGUAGUGGGUGUCGUGUUAAGUCUACAGCCGGGGUAGUGGGUGUCGUUAAGUCUACAGUCGGGGUAGUGGGUGUCGUUAAGUCUACAGUCGGGGUAGUGGGUGUCGUUAAGUCUACAGUCGGGGUAGUGGGUGUCGUUAAGUCUACAGCCGGGGUAGUGGGUGUCGUUAAGUCUACAGUCGGGGUACUGGGUGUUGUUAAGUCUACAGUCGGGGUAGUGGGUGUCGUGUUAAGUCUACAGCCAGGGUAUUGGGUGUCGUUAAGUCUACAGCCGGGGUAUUGGGUGUCGUUAAGUCUACAGCCGGGGUAGUGGGUGUCGUUAAGUCUACAAGCCGGGGUAGUGGGUGUCGUUAAGUCUACAGCCGGGGUAGUGGAUGUCGUUAAGUCUACAGCCGGGGUAGUGGGUGUCGUUAAGUCUACAGUCGGGGUAGUGAGUGUCGUGUUAAGUCUACAGUCGGGGUAUUGGGUGUCGUUAAGUCUACAGCCGGGGUAGUGGGUGUCGUGUUAAGUCUACUGCCGGGGUAGUGGGUGUCGUUAAGUCUACAGCCGGGGUAUUGGGUGUCGUUAAGUCUACAGCCGGGGUAGUGGGUGUCGUUAAGUCUACAGCCGGGGUAGUGAAUAUCGUGUUAAGUCUACAGCCGGGGUAGUGAGUGUCGUGUUAAGUCUACAGCCGGGGUAGUGAGUGUCGUGUUAAGUCUACAGCCGGGGUAGUGGGUGUCGUUAAGUCUACAGCCGGGGUAGUGAGUGUCGUGUUAAGUCUACAGCCGGGGUAGUGGGUGUCGUUAAGUCUACAGCCGGGGUAGUGGGUGUCGUGUUAAGUCUACAGUCGGGGUAUUGGGUGUCGUGUUAAGUCUACAGCCGGGGUAGUGAGUGUCGUGUUAAGUCUACAGUCGGGGUAGUGGGGUGUCGUGUUAAGUCUACAGCCGGGGUAGUGGGUGUCGUGUAAAGUCUACAGCCGGGGUAGUGGGUGUCGUGUUAAGUCUACAGCCGGGGUAGUGGGUGUCGUGUAAAGUCUACAGCCGGGGUAGUGGGUGUCGUGUUGAGUCUUCAGACGGGGUAGUGGGUGUCGUGUUAUUGUUAUUUGAGCAUUUAUCUAUGUUACCUCUGUGAAUAGGUCCUUGUUUAGAGUAGUACAUUGAUUUAUUUAUAUUUCGACUGUUUUUUUACCUUUUAUAAUAAAACAUAUAAAAUUAUAUUUGUA